AGUCCGGAAUUUUUGUUAAAGGUGUAUAAACUGGAAGCGAGUCAAGCUAUUCCGAAUCCUCGGUUGCCACGCGAUUUUUUUGAUUUGGACUCCGUGGAGAUCAGAAAAGAGCAGCAGCAAAGAGAAGCUGAUGUCGAAAAAUUGUCCACAUUGCGGACACGUGAAAUGCGUGAGCGGGAACAAGUAAUGCGUAAUUAUCAGUACAAGUACACGCUACUCAGGAUCAGAUUUCCCAACCGCUUGUUGCUUCAGGGCACAUUUGGUUGCAGUGAACCGUUCGAAGCUGUACGCGAUUUUGUUAAGGAGCAUCUUACGAAUUUGGAACCUCUUCUUUUUGUUCUGAAAGAUCCAGUCUCGGGGAAAGCAAUCGUUGAUGAGACAAAGACGCUGAAUGAGCUUAAUUUAAUCCCGGCUGCCAUUUCGUAUUUGGAUCAGCGUUUUGUGGAGAACGCGGAACAAUUUCUCGCAACUUAA